AUGAACGCUUUUGGACACCAACCAUCUAACCAGCAGACCAGCCCCAUUCAGCACCACAGCGCGCAGGAGCUCCUGGACAUGGCCGUGUACUGCGAUAACUACGGUGUUUACCAACAGAACCUGCACCACCACCACCCUCAGAGGCCGCCGACUCACCCCUCCAGCUACGGCCUCGGAGAAUAUUCCUCCCCGUCCACGAACCCGUACCUGUGGCUGAACGGACCGAGCAUCAACUCCUCUCCUUACCUUCCCGGGAACAACGGCACGUCCUACAUUCAGUCUGGAUACGGGUCGAACCAGAGGCAGUUCUUGCCGCCUCCCACCGGGUUUGGAGGCGCGGACCUCGGCUGGCUGUCCAUAUCCAGCCAGCAGGAACUUUUCAAGAUGGUCAGACCUCCUUAUUCCUACUCGGCGCUGAUAGCGAUGGCCAUCCAGAACGCCCAGGACAAAAAGUUAACUCUCAGUCAGAUCUAUCAGUAUGUGGCUGACAACUUUCCGUUCUACAAGAAGAGCAAAGCUGGAUGGCAGAACUCAAUUCGCCACAACUUGUCACUGAAUGACUGCUUCAAAAAAGUGGCCCGAGAUGAGGACGACCCAGGUAAAGGAAACUACUGGACGCUGGACCCCAACUGUGAGAAGAUGUUCGACAACGGCAACUUCAGACGCAAGAGGAAGAGGAGAUCUGACAUGAACGGAGCUGACAGCAGCGUUCUCCCCGUCAAGACGGAGGACGGUGCGCACAAGCUGUCCGACACCGCCAGCCUGCUGAGCUCCUCGCCGCCCAGCCUGCACGGAUCUCCGGCCUCCACGGAGCCCAAGUCGUCGCCGUCUCCCUCCGCCGAGCACAGCCCCUGUUUCAGCAGCUUCGUGUCCAGCGUGAACGCGCUGGUGGGGAGCGACGGGUCCCGGGGCGCGGAGCGGGACUACGGCUCCGGGCACCUCGGAGGAUUGUCUCAGGCCAGAGAGGGCAUGUCCGGGCUGGGCUCCUACUCGCCCUCUUUAAUCUCUCCUCUGAACUCUGACAACAACAGCAGGAUGAACUAUUACACAUCAGUACAGGGACUGUCCAACCACUUCAGCGUGAAUAACCUCAUAUACAACCGGGAAGGAACAGAGGUGUAGUCUGGUUAUUAUUUGGGGUAAAAGUCAUUUACCUCUCAUUUGUAGCCUUCACGUGUCUUAUAGU